GCCUUUCAUUUCUAAAGUAUUUGUGCAAAUGUCUGUGUGUAAGUUGUUCAAGUCGAGCAGGUGCACAUUACAUAGAAGGACAGGGCUGACUGAGCAGAGAGGGAGAGAGGGAGGGGUGGUCUGUCUUAUAGGUCGUACAAAAGAGCCAGUGUUUUCUCUCUCUCUCCCUCUCACAGUGCUGAGUGAAGACAGCAUUGCACAGCCUGUCACCCCCUCAUCCUGUGGCCCACUCACAGCUCUCCUGUAACAUAGGACUCUGCUGUGGAAAAAUUGCCUUCUCCAGAAUAUGCCUUAUCUCCAUGGUAACGGGCCUCAGGCAGACCCAGAGAAGCACUGGGCCAAACUGGUCCCACUCUCGUCCAGCCUACCUGAUGCAAUACUGCACAGAAGAAGCUUUUAAUAUAAAUCCGCACAGCUAAUGAUUCUUGUAGUUAUUCUGCCAUUUACAGUACAGUGUUCUCACGGGGCCCCAAAUGCCUAAAAUAGUGCCUGGAAAUUUCAUUCCAUUUUAAGUUGAUGUUAUUUAAGAAGGUAUUACUUUCUACUAUUUUGGGAUCACAAUGCAGAGGACUGUUUAUUCUCUAAAACCAGGAGACAAACAUUACUCAGAAAUGUAGUUUCCCCCCAUCAUUAUGUCAAGGAUAUAUUUGUUCUCAGUUAAGGGAUCUUAAACUGGGCUGCAUCACUCCCACACUGCUCUGAAAGGAGUCAGACCAGGACCAGAACAGGACCAGAAUGCACCAGCUGUUCAGCCAGGUGCUGGGACAGAGGGAUCUGUCCAGAGCAGGGGAUCUGUUCUCUCUGGAAGAUGCAGAGAUUGAAGAAUGUCUUUCUCAGGCUCUGGACCAGAUCAAGGCCAUCUCUUGUUCACCGGUCAGCAGGCAGAACCAACGCACUCACAUGAUAUUUAUACAAAGGGCAGAUGACUAUUUGACCAAUGACAACGACCAAGCAGUGGUAGAGAUCUGCAUAACGCGCAUCACCACGGCCAUAAGGGAGACAGGCUCCAUCGAGCGACACAGUACAGCGCUGGUGGGGCUGUGGGAGUCGUGUCUGGAACAUAACCUCACCCCACAAGGUGAAAACACAGAGGACACCCCACAUGCCAAGAUAGCCUCCGACAUCACCAGCUGUAUCCUGCAGAACUACAGCUGUCCUUCAGUCAUGGUGCUGGCUGUCCCGCUAGCAGUGCGGUUCCUUCAGAGAGGGAACAGGGAACUGAGCAGGAACAUGUCCAGCUAUCUCUCCCUGGCUGCUAUAGCUAAGGCGGAUCUGUUGGCUGAACACACGGAGGCCAUAACACUCAGUGUGCUGGGAGGUAACCACAUGCUGUUGCGAGUGUUGCCAUCAGUUUAUCCCAAACAACCAGACACCAUCCACGCUCACCUAGGCAACCUUACUGCAAUGAUGUUACAGCUGGAGUCCGCAGAACAACAACACCUCAUUAGACUCAUUCAAAUGGUUGCUGAGCAGCAUCCGCUUAUGUUGAGCCCUCAGGUACCGGCACUGGUUGGUUACCUAGGUGAUCAGUCUCUAACUGAAGCUCUUUUGGGUGCACUUGUGGAUGUGUCACAGUCCAACCCUUCCUCUUUGGUCAGCUUUCUGCCAGCGCUGAGAAUAGUGGGACAGCAAUGCCCUGCUCUCCUGGGCCAUGUGGCCAAAAUCCAUGGUGCAGUAGGCAUGAUCAGUGAGACUCAUGGUCACAGCUCAUUGGUCUACCUGGUGUCCCUUCUUGGCAGCACAGAGCACAGUGUUCAUCACACCCUGUUGCUGGAGAUCAGAGCUCUCACUGAAUGUUACCCGUCUUUACUGGGAGGCUGUGGUAAAGACAUCUACAGGAUGAGCAACUCUUUUACAGCUAUAGCCAGACUGCUGGGGAGACGACUGGAGGAGAACACGGCCACACGCUUCAGGGCAGACGAGGCGUGCCCAUCAUCUACCUGUGCAUCUCUUCCAGGAGGAGAAGGCGGGGUAGGAGGGGGGUCAGAAAAGCAGCUGCAAUUACAGACCCGGGCCUUCGGGGAGGAGGGGGGGGAUGCGGAGCUAGAUGAGGAAUCCCCUGCCACUCAGCAGCGCUACAAACCGAGCCAAGCCAUCACUGAGGAGAGACAUGAGAUAAGAGUCAACAGGUCAAAGAGCUUGGCUCUGCAUGUGGUGCGCUCACGCUCCAUCAGCUCAGACGCUGGGGAGGACGAAGAGGGAGUGGUGCCGAUCCCGGACAACGCCAUCUCCAGUCAGCACUCAGAAAACCAGGAAGCACCACCUACUGAGAGAAAAGCGACAGGCGACAUCUCUCCACCCAUUACUGCUCGACUGGACAGAGGGGUUAGAAGGGCAGAGAAAGGUCAAAGUGGAGAGGAGGAAGAGGUGGAGGAAGCAGAUAGACUCUUCAUCCAUUUCAGAGACAAUAUGGAGACAAUCAGAGAGUUCUGUAAAGACAUGGUGCGGCUGAUCCCCAUACCAGAGCAGUGUGUGAUAGAAGAUUCAAAUCGAGGAUGUGUGGCCAAGCUGUCCUUCUCCUGUCCCCUGAAGGGCCACUACUGUCUGUACGCCAAGUCCUGUUUUAGCCUGACCAGCCGACAGCCUCAUCUUUGGAUUCACGUCAUGCUGCUACAGCUACAGAGUAAGUCCUGUGUUCCCCUGUGCUCCAAGGACGAGUGUGUCCAGAGGCUGGCUUUGCUUUGGGGGAAGACACAGCUAAAAGGAGCUCACAGUUUCCCCAUUGCUAUUACACAGCACACUACCCCACACAAGAAGGACUUGGACAUUCUUCAGAGCCAUUUGGAGGAAGUGCGGUUUUUUGACUUGUUUGGAUACAGUGAGGAAGAAGGAGGUUGGCUCUGCUUCAUGUGUAACAACCCUGAAAAGGCCACAGUUGUGAACCAGGAGGGACAGCCUCUGAUUGAGGGGAAGCUGAAGGAGAAGCAGGUUCUCUGGAAGUUUAUCAAACGCUGGAAGACCCGCUACUUCACCUUGGCAGGGAACCAGCUGCUCUUCCGGAAAGGCAAAUCAAAGGAUGAGUUGGAUGACAUUCCCAUUGAGCUGAGCAAGGUGCAAAGUGUCAAGGUUGUAGCCAAGAAGCGUCGUGAUCGCAGUCUGCCGCGGGCUUUCGAGAUAUUCACUGACAGUAAAACGUACGUGUUGAAAGCUCAGGAUGAGAAACACACCGAGGAGUGGCUGCAGUGUAUCAACGUGGCCUUGGCUCAGGCCAGAGAGAGAGAGAACAGAGAGGCUACCACUUACCUGUGAGACCGACACGGAUACCAAAGUGGACAAGCAGACCUGGUACAAAGACCGAUGAGAUCAGACUGAUGAGAACAGAUGAGAAAACAUGCAGAAGAAAAUAUCUCAGCUUUUGAGGAUAGUGUAGCAAAUUGUAAGAGGUAAAAACACACAAAAUUCAAUGCCAGUAUCACUUCAGUAGCACUAGAAUCAGCAGUAUACAAACCCAAUGAUGGAGCACCUUUUAGAAAACAAUCAAAAAGACUUGUUAUGCAGUAUUUUUUAGAAAUAAGAUGUAUUACACCAGCAAUAAAAGACUGAUUGUAUGUGUGUAUACAGCCACCGUGAAUGAUGGUUACAAAUACUGCCUAUAAUUAACUGUUACACCAUGAACCUGCUUAUGACAUGAUACAUCUGUGGACCUUGGUAAGUGAAUGUUACAGCGCAUAAGUGUUAAACACAUGAAGUGUUAAGGUCUUCAGUUGCCUGGAACCAACAGCAUGAAAAGUCGGACUUCUCCCACUCAAAUCUGGAGACUGCAGUGAGCUUCACCAAGCAAACAAAACUGUCAUCUGCACAAACUUGGGAUUUCUGAGUUCACUGACAAAUAAUGAUUGAAAUGCAUUUGAGUCCAGAGUAGUAUUCAGCAAUAAACCCCUAAUUAGAAGCACUGACGUCGUUAGGUUUGUAGCAUUAAUUAGACUGAACUCUUUCUUUUGAAAACAGGAAGGAUGAAGAGGAGCCUAAUGGAGAGCAGAUGGGGAGGGCAUUCAGUACUAGUUUUAUGUGUUUGUGUGAAUGAAGGACCGACAGAAGGGGAGAGAGGGUUUCUGAAAGAAAGAGCCAAUUAUUGAUGUUUUCUUUCCAAGAAUUAGAUGACAAGAUUGAUACCAUUCAUGUGUGUGUGUGUGUGUGUGUGUGUGUGUGUGUUCACUAAAUAUUUAGAAGAUGGUUAGCUUAACUCAAUAUAAACUGUGGAAACUGCCAGGCUCAGCUCAGUCUGAAGGUAACGAAAUCCACCUCCCAGCACCUCUGAAGCUGUCAGCUGUCUAAUCAAUUUUAUUUGUUUAAUCUGUAUGAAACCAAGGUAGGUUGUAAUCUUUUGGGGGUGAAACCAAAACUGCCUGACAUUCAGACAGAGUCAGGCUAGCUGUUUCCUGCCUGCAUGCUAUGCUAAGCUAAGCUAAGUAGUAGCUAUUGGCUAUAGCACCAUAUUUAGCACACACUGUCCAUCCAUUAUCUAUACCCAUCUAGAGUUGCCAAUCAGCUGAAGCUGCAUGUCUUUGGACUGUGGGAGAGAACGGGCUUAAACCCAGAACCUUCUUGCUGUGAGGCGACAGCGCUAACCACUGCACUGCUGUGCCGCCCUAAUACACACUAAUGAGAAUGGUAUCAAUCUUCAUGUCUAACUCUUGGCAAGAAAGGGAAAAUGCAUAUUUCUUUUAAAAAGUUGAACUAUUUAUUUUUAGAUUUUCUGUUUGGUUUUUUUUUGUUUUGUUUUGUUUUUUUUUGUCAUACUGUAUUUUCCAUCACCAACAAAACUUUUUCUCCCCCACAGUCAGCAGGGAACAACACAUCAUGAGGUACUUUAGAAUCAGAAAUGUUUCAUCCAGCAGCAUAUGUUGGACCCCAUGUUGUAUACAUCUACUCUUGUACUAUAGUCACUUAUGAAGAAGGCCCCUUAAGAGUCUGUGAAGUUGUCACUUUUCUGUUGUGUUGCAAUCUAAACACUGUAUGGAAGUGGCAACAAUUUCAUCCCAGUUUUUACAAGGAACAGCUUUAGCUCAGCUGCUGCUUAAUAGUUGAGUUUAGACUACAGAUUUCUAGGGGAAAAAAAACAAUGUAGCAAAUUAGUGUUUGGCCUGUGAAUUUAGAAACUUUGCCAGUGUAGUCGUUAAUUUUUAUGAUUCAGUGAAAGAUUUUGCUUAAAGACAGCCAAAGAACAAUGGUGAGCUUUCUCAUUUUAAAAGGGUUCCAAGUUGUUUUUUGGUUGUUUUUUUUGUUCCGACUGUGAGAUUGGAUGAAGUGGAGUGGAAGGAGCAUCUGAAUGUUGUAAAUUAGUGCUGCAGAUCUUCCUUAGAUUUCAGUCAAGCUCUUUCCACCUCUGGCAAUACCUCAACGACUAGGAUGCAGACGACACCUGUCUUGACCCUACACAGCCUGCACUUGACAAAUGUUCAUUGAUAGCCAUGGCAAAUCAGUUACUUUGUAUGAUGUCUUUGUCUGAGUCCACAUGUGAAGUGUGUGUGUCUUCUCGUUGGUAUCAGAUGCUUUUGGUUAUAUCUAUAACAUGCCAGAUUUGAACUGUUUUAAAAAUGUACAGGGUGGGCUUCAUCUUAACUCGUGACAGAUGAGCACGUUUGCUUUGAGCUUAGGUUGCCCUAAAGCUAAAACCGUGUUAGCUGUGUACAUGCAGUCACGACACUGCCUUGCCCACUGGGUUGAGUUACUACUGUUUGUAUAUAAUGCAAUACUUUUAGCUGUGACUCCCUACACAUCAAAGCUGACCUGCAUCUACAAGUAUUCAUUACAUCAUGCUUCUUCAUCACAGUUUGAUCCCUUCCUUCCUCCAUGUUUUACAUGUAUGACCUACAUACACAGCCAGCUAUGAGCCCCACAGUUGUUAGCCUCCCAAGCAGCAUGACUGCCACUGUAUAGCCACUGGCUGUAGACUCAGCUUGUUUGAUUUAUUGCAUGCACAUAAAAUAAAGGAUAAAGUUGGUCAUUUUCUACAUUAACAGUAUUGUAAACACUCCCUAUACAGAGACUAAAACCAACAAUGAUUCACCUCCACUGGUUAAUGUCUGUCAGUCUAUGCUGGAUUAGCUUAUCUGUCCGUGCCAUACACUGCCAUUGUUGUCCAAAAAUGAUUGAAAACACAUCAGUGAAACACACCGUUGCACUGGGUGACAUGUUUCCUCAUUAGAAAACACCAGACCCCAAAAUUUGUUCAAAAUGUUGCCCCAAAGGCUCCAAGUAGCCAUAACUUUUUACAGCAUCUGAAGAGAGCAAGAGUAUAUAGGGGGCCCAUGCACAAGAUCUUUGGAUAUUCUUAACAAAUAUUUGACUGUAGGAGCUUGCAAGCAAAUGUUCAGUCCACUUCCAUUCUCAAGUUCAAGUCUACUGCCAUAGAUGCAACAGUAAAUGUACCAUGAUGCUGACCUUACCCUUUUAGUUGCACAGUGUUGACUGGUUUUUGAAGUGAAUGUCUGAUCAUAUGAAUGUCAAAAUUACCCAGAAGUACCUAUAUGAAUCCUCUCUAAUGCUGCAAUAUUGGCCCAGCUUCCAAGCAUGCUGGGGUAUAUACUUUCCACCUAAUGCAAGACAUCUGCAGGCAGCUGUGUAAAGAGUCUAGAGGAUAGACACUAUAGUAUCUAUCUAUCUAUCUAUCUAUCUAUCUAUCUAUCUAUCUAUCUAUCUGUCUGUCUCAUUGUGGAGAAUAGUGAGCUGUUACUUUCAUCACUUUAAAGCACAGUGAGAUUACAUUUACAGUUUUAAAGGCAGAUAUCAGCAUAGAAACUGCUGUAGAUUUCAACAGUCACAAACUGUGUAUGUAAAUAUGACUGGCGCAAGUAUUAAAAUGGCUGAAUGCAUGAUAAACAUUGAGCAUAAAUAACAGUCUUCUGUGAAAAAUCAAAGAGCAUUUAGAUGUUACUUUAGAGUGUUGUUAAUUGCAUUUGAUUUUGUUUGAUUCUUGAUAAAAGGUCACUAUUUAUUUUUCACAAGCUCUAUUCUAACACUUUGGUAAUGUCUAGAAUGAUUGUCUUCCCUUCCUCUGGUUUAAAUUACUAUGAAUUAAUACUGCAAAAAAUGAAAGUUGUAUUUAAUUGACAAUUAACUGGUUGUAUAUUUGUCUGUUGUACCUUUUGCAUGUCUGAAACUGCCUUUUUUCCUGAUAAAUCUGUACAGUAACUCUUUACCAGUGAAGGCAGUUAAUCUCACCGGUCUCUCCUUGUGUCUCUUUCUGAGAGUGACAACAAGAGCUGACUAAUUUCCUGGAGAUUAUUACACUAGAUCCUAAUGUAAAUUAGAACUGGGAUAUUUCUGCAAGCCUUCUCCAACUCCAAACCCUUCAGAGUGUCCCACGCUCAAUCUGUCAACGUUGUUGUAAUUCUGAAACUAGUUUCACUCAUCAGCUGAACUGAGGCCGGCAGAGCUGAUUGUUGAUAUUCCUGUUUUAAGUAUCUAAAAGUGCCGCAAGAAAAAAGAUUUGUCAUGCAGGGAAUGGAAAAAAGCUUUAGGGGAUAAAUCACUGUGAAGUAGCAGGGACCU